CUUCAAUCAAAGAGACUAGUUACAAACUUUACUAGGGAUUUAUGUAUCUUUGACGCAUGUCUAUCAUUGGUACCACUGCUUGAAGAUUAACAAAAUGUCGUUAACAAGCUUGUUGCCUGCACCAUCACAAGUGGUGUGGGACAGAGAAGAUGAGGCACGAGAACAGAAAUUACGGCAAAGACCUGUGUCAGCAUUGGUUAAAGCUGUUGUUACUGCACCACCAUAUGGACAGCGUAAAGGAUGGGUACCCAGGAAUCCAGAGGAUUUUGGAGAUGGUGGAGCAUUUCCAGAAAUCCAUGUGGCCCAAUAUCCACUGGGUAUGGGAAUGAAGGGAAAGGAGUCUACCAGUAAUGCUGUGGCAGUUCAACUUGAUGCUCAAGGAAAAGUAAAAUAUGAUGUAAUUGCUAGACAAGGCCACUCCAAGGAUAAGAUUGUUUAUAGCAAACUGAGUGAUUUAUUACCUUCAGAGAUAACAAGUGAGGAGGAUCCUAGUUUGCAACGUCCAUCAAGCGAAGAAACUGAUGAACUUACAGAAAAAACGAGAAAAGCUUUAGAGAAAAUUACAAGAUCAAAAAUAGCUGCAGCCAUGCCGGUCAGAUGUGCUGAAAAACAAGCACCAGCACAAUAUAUUCGAUAUACACCUUCACAGCAAGGACAAUCAUUCAAUUCUGGAGCUAAACAAAGGGUUAUUAGAAUGGUAGAAGCACAGGUAGAUCCAUUAGAACCACCAAAAUUCAAAAUUAAUAAGAAAAUACCGAGAGGACCUCCUUCACCUCCAGCACCGGUUAUGCAUUCACCUACCAGAAAGGUCACGGUCAAAGAACAGAAAGAAUGGAAAAUACCACCAUGUAUCAGUAACUGGAAAAAUGCAAAGGGAUACACGAUUCCUCUCGACAAACGUUUAGCCGCAGAUGGCCGAGGAUUGCAACAAGUUCACAUUAACGAAAAUUUCGCCAAAUUAGCCGAAGCUCUUUACAUAGCCGACAGAAAAGCUCGUGAGGCGGUAGAGAUGCGAGCACAGCUUGAAAAGAAAUUAGCACAAAAAGAAAAAGAAAAGAAGGAAGACCAUUUAAGACAACUUGCACAGAAAGCCAGGGAGGAGCGUGCUGGUUUGAAGUCUGCUGCAUUAGAAAAAUCAGAGGAUUCGCGUGAAAGAGAUCAACUCAGACAAGAAAGACACAAGGAUCGUGCUCGCGAACGCAAUUUGGCACGUGCUGCACCCGACAAACGUUCCAGAUUACAACGCGAACGUGAAAGAGACAUUAGUGAACAAAUAGCGCUUGGUUUGCCAGCGAAAAGUAUUGCGAACACCGGAGAAGCACAGUUUGAUCAGCGUCUGUUUAAUACCAGCAAAGGAAUGGAUAGUGGUUAUGGUCACGACGACGAAUACAACGUUUACGACAAACCAUGGAAAGAUUCCAACUCCAUUGGCUCUCACAUAUACCGUCCUAGCAAAAAUAUCGAUAAAGACACUUACGGAGACGAUUUGGAGAAACUUGUUAAAACAAAUAGAUUUGUUCCGGACAAAGAAUUUAGUGGAACUGACAGAUCAACCACACGUUCUGGACCAGUACAGUUCGAGAAAGAUGAAGAGGAUCCUUUCGGUUUGGAUCAGUUCUUGAAACAAGCUAAGCGUGCCAGCAGUUCGACUACCACUACCACAAAACGCAAGGAUGAACAGCGAAGAGACGAUCGUGACAAACGAAGGAAACAUUAACUUUGAUUAAAUGUUCUUAUUAUUUUAGAACAAAUUCCGAUAUUUUUUUCUCUACACAAGCAUACGUUGCUUGAAUUAUGUAUUAAGAAACUGGGUAUGAAUGUAUCUUCAUACUUAAUUAUAUGUAAUCCUUUGUACACUGUAUAGUGUGCUAUUUACAUUUAUUGUAUAUAUUUCACUAAAGCUCUAUUCAGAAAUAAAUGUUCUUAAAAAGGUCA